CUCUUUCUCUCAUCUCCAUCAAACAAUCUUUCUUUUCACUCAUCAAGAUGAGCAAGUUGAAGGCAAAAUUCCAGUGUUGCCUUUUAGGAAUUGGCCAACUCUUUCCAUGGAACACCAUCCUCACAAUUUCUGACUACUACUACGAGAUUUUUCCUAACUAUCAUCCUGCUCGGGUACUUGCUUUGGUAUACCAGCCUUUCGUUCUGGGAACCAUAUUUACAUUGGUUACUAAGGGCAAGAAAAGCAAAAACCAAAGGAGAAUAUUGGCUGGUUAUUGCCUCUUCGUCAUCGGCACCAUUUUCCUAAUAACGGUGGACUUGGUUAGCAAAGGAAAGGGUGGAUUAUUCCCCUUCCUCCUUUUGUGCUUUAUAGCCGCAACUUUUGGGGUUGCGAACGCGCUCGUGGAAGGUGCCAUGAUGGGGGAUCUUUCCUGCAUAAGCGGUGAUUUGAUUCAGCCGUUUGCAGCGGGUCUUGGUGUAGCAGGAGCGAUAACUUCUGGUUUGAGCCUCUUUACCAAAGCGGUCUUUCAAAAUUCUCGGGAUGGCCUAAGGAAAGGCGCAAUAUUAUUCUUGGCGAUAUCUUCAUUGAUUGAGUUACUCUGUGUAGUCAUAUACGCGUUAAUGUUCCCGAAGCUCUCCAUUGUGCAAAAUUAUCAGGCACACUCCGUAUCAAACGAGCUGGAAACCGCUCAAGAAUCAGGAGUCCUGCCAGCUGGCAAUUUAGAGCUGGCCCAUGAGAACAUUUACAAAUUGAUCAGCUUGUUCUUGACGUAUGCAUUGACACUGUCCAUAUUUCCAGGAUUCCUGUAUGAAAACACGGGAAAGCAUGAGCUAAAUUCUUGGUACCCUCUUGUCCUCAUUACAUGCUUCAAUGUAUGUGAUGCUCUCUCGAGAUACACUACCCUGAUCAAGCCACUUAAGAUGGAAUCAGGGACAUGGAUAACAAUUUGUGCGCUUGCUCGUAUUUUGCUCGUGCCUGCAUUCUAUUUCACGGCUAAGUAUGCUGAUCAGGGUUGGAUGAUCUUCCUAACAUCAUUUCUUGGAAUAACCAAUGGUUAUCUAACCGUAUGCACUCUCACUGGUCCAUCCAAGAAAAUCUAUAAUGCAUCAGAAUCCAGUUCUUUGGGGAACAUGCUUGUAGCUUCAAUGCUAUGCGGGAUUUUUGCAGGAGCUUGUCUUUCCUGGCUUUGGCUUAUUGGCAGCAAAAUCUCGUUUUAGUAUCAUGUUUUAUUUCAGUCAAUUCUCAAAAGCAUUGUUGAU